UCACAAGUUGAUAGAAGCACAAACGGUUGAGAAAUACUCAAUGUCUUCAACAGCUUCAACAACAGUAACUUCAGUUAAUUCGACGUCGGAUAUACAUGAAGAAACAGAUGAUUCGUCUGCAGAACCCUGCAGUGCAACAGUACAAACUAACAUGGAAUCGUCUGAUGAUACAGAUGCAAAACAUAACAAUUCUGACCAUUUAAAAGGAAUCCAUCCAGAAAACACCAGACUUAAACAUGUUAUACAGCCAGGAUUGUACCGGAAGCGGAAAACAAUUAUAAUGUUGGUGCUGACGUCAGUGUUCGUAGUUACCAUGGUGGUUUAUGUUAUUCUCAUAAGUCUGGUGGCACAGCCUCCCAGUAUUCUAAAUGAAAUGUCAAACUCAACAAAAGUGGUAUUUUUCUUUUUCCUGCGUUUAUAUUUCAUUAAUUGUGUUGUAAAUCCGAUCUUAUACGGAUUUAUGGACCUAAGAUUUCGUUCCGGACUUUUGUCAUACGUACAUAAAAAGCAUAAAGACAUGUGGGUCAAGCCGAACGUGUCCAAGGGUUCACACUGAAACAUUGUUACUUAUACCUGUUUUGAACGACGAGGAAGGUUUGAAAUCUUGUGCAUUUAUAUAGUUAUUCUACAACAUGAAACAUUUGACUUGUAGCUUCUAUAUUCAGAGAAGCAUCUGAGAAUGUGUUGAUGGCAUGCGUUACUACUUGUUCAUAUAGCUAUGUAAAGUUCAUAAAAGGAUUAUACCAGCUUAAACGUUUUUUUUUUGUUUUUUUUGU